AUGGCGUUACCCGUAGCCAUCCAGUCGGUCGUCUUCUACUACCUGGCAUGUACGCCAUGCAUGUCCGCACGCACCCGGCAUCGUGCCAAAAAGAAGUUUGACAAGGAGCGCAAGGAGCGCGCGGCGAUGGAGGAAGACGAACCGCCCAUCUACCGCCAUCCCAGUCCCUUCAAUGUCAACCCCUACUGGCAAGAAGAAAUCAUGAUGGGGCCCAGCCUGCCGAAGAAGGGCCGUGCCGCCAAGCAGAACUCGAGCCAACGCAAACUCACCAGCGCCGGCAAAGAUAGCAGCAUUGCCACGCGUAGCAGCUUAGCGAUUAGCAAUCACGGAGGCGUGCCAAAUAGCAGCGGUGGCAGCGGCGGAAUUCUACAAGGAGCCAACGGUGGCUCGGAGCCAUUGCCAGAAGGAGCCGCAGCGGCCGCCAGUGAUGGUACCGACGCAACAGCAGCCGGUGGCGCAGCCGACCGAAGAAGCGCCGACAACAGCAUGCCGGCCUCAAAUAACUCCAGCGGCGCCAACGUCGCUAACAAGUCACGCACGAGUGGCGGCCAGCCACCGGUCAGCCCAACAUUGAACUCCGACGAUGCUCGUAGCAUGAGCAUGCUCGAAGCCACAGCGACGGCCGCGACAGUCGGUACGACCACGACGACCAGCGCCGAGGGCUGGAACUACAAGCGGUACCAGCGCGAGGACGAGGAGCUGUGGGGCUCGGAGCCGUCUCGGACGCACAAGCUCAUGGACGCCAUUGUUAAGGCCGGGUCGUCUGCGGGCCGUCUGCUCGAGAGUACGCUGGGGACUAAGGAGCGCGGUGGCUUCUCGACGGGCGCCUACUACAGCGGUGGCAACCUCGCCGUCACCGACGAAGACCGUGCCAACUUUUACUCGCCGACCAUCAUCCACCCACCCGUCAACGACUACCACCCCCCCGUUGUCGGCAGCAAGCCGGCCCACAGGGACGCGCUGCGCUGGAUGCUGCAGCCGCCGCCGCCGGCCAAAGUGAUGGAGGGCAAGGUCCCCGUCAGCCGCAGCACCAGUGUGGCCAGUUCUAUGAAUGGAGGCAGCAUGCGCCGGUCGACCACAGCCGUCGCCGGAUCCGAGGUGUCCCUCACGCGCAGAAUGGCCCGCGAGGCGCGUCUCCGCCGUGGCGAUUCAGCCAACAGCGGCGCCACUGUCACAGGUCGCCCACGCGCUUCGUCUUCCACUUCGACGGAGGAAGACGAUGCUGCAGCCGUUGCCGCAGCGGCGGCCACUGCCAACCUUAGCCGCACUGUUUCUCGCAAGUCCGCUACCACCGGAAACGAGAUCCGUCCCAAGAGCCAGCAGCGACUCGGAUCGCGAGGUGCCGCCGCCGCCGCCGCCGGUAGGAGCCGCAGCGGCAGCCUUGCAUCGUCUGUCGAGGACCCAAACUGGUCGUCGGAUGACGACGGCAUGCUGCGCACAAAGUGGCGGUUCCCAAACGCUGCACCUCCGCCGGUCCCCGCCAUGCCGUCGCUCCCCGUUACUGCCGUGCUGCCAGGCAGCAGCGGUGAUGCUGGUGCCUCCUUUCCGACCUCCAGCCUCCAGCCACGGUCCUCGCUGCACGUGAACAGCCAGAACCCGAGCCGCACGAAGCUCGAGACGAUCUUGAGCUCGGACGCCAGCGGCAAGAUGGACAUGAGCCGCAGCAGCAGCAGCAGCCGCGGACGAAAGGAAAACACGCGGCCCGGCGUCAUCAAGGGCGCCGCGACGAGCUCGAGCACGAGCACGAGCACAGUCGUUGCCGCCUCUCCCGGAAACGGCGAUGCCACCAAGGCACCGCAUGACCGCUCGGCCGGCUCGUCGCUGGACAGCGGCCUGGCUCUGUCUUCGUAG